AUGUCAGCAAUUAAUAGCCCUGGAACUUCUGAUACAAUUUCAGACUCUAGCAACACACAGAUUAGCCUCAUAUUUACACUCUCCAAAUCACCACAAAUCUUACUUCCAACAGCCCUUGUUACUGUUUUUGAUAGAUUUGGAAAUCCACAUCAGUGCAGGGUAUUGCUUGAUAGUGGAAGUCAAGUAAACUUCAUAUCUGAAAAACUGUGCAACACUCUCCAACUGAAUAAACAGCAAAUUGACAUUUUGGUCACAGGAAUUAGUCAAAUGUCCCACAAUGUUCAAUCAUCAACUUUAUUAAAAUUCAGGUCAAAUAUGAACAACUUAUCAAAAACAAUAAGCUGUAUUGCUUUACCCCAAAUCACAGACUUACAACUUGAGCUGGCUAAACUUAAUAUUCCUGAGAAAAUCACACUUGCCGAUCCCAAUUUUCAUCAUCCUGCACCUAUUGAUUUAUUGAUAGGAGCUGACACCUUUUGGGAUCUUUUGAGCAUAGGUCAGAUCAAACUGGGGAAGAAUCUACCCACCUUACAAAAAACGAAAUCAGGAUGGAUAGUUUCUGGUCCAAUAUUUACUAAUACUCAAAGGUUUGUCACACAUCAUUGCACUCUCUCCACUAAUAUUCUAGAAUCUCAACUCACAAAAUUCUGGGAAAUUGAGGAAGUUCCAAAGGCUUUAUACCUUUCUUAUGAAGAAAGGCUAUGUGAGGAACUAUAUAAAAACACAACUACAAUACACAAUGACGGAUGCUUUAUUGUUACCAUACCUCUAAAAAACGAAACUUCUGUACUUGGUGACUCCAAAAAACACUGCCAUACGCCGUUUUUUAAAUUUAGAGAAACGACUAAGUAA